UCAUGCUUUCCAGUCCUUUUCUGUCUGGUGCAAGAUAAUAUUUUGAAAUAUAUUUACUGUAUGAACCAAACCAGUCUAUGGAUGGCCAGUUGUAGCAGGACUUUAUAAAUCAUGCUUUUAUGUUUUGGUUGCUAACUACUCGUCGCAGGUUCUUUUUUACAAUUGGAGACAAAUGCAGUGAAAACAUAGAUGCACCAAGAAGACUAAAAUAAAGGCCUGAGUAAAGGGAAGGGCCAUUCAUCCGUUACAGUGAGUCACUGCUCCCAUCUCGAAGAGCUGAAAUGGCUUACUCGCAGAUCCGCCUGAAAAUUCUCCCUAGCGUUCGUUGUCUCUUCGAUAAAUUGGUACAGGUAAAAGUAGAGGGACUCGCCCCUCACAAACAAGUUCAAUUGAGAUCCAAACUAGUUGAUGACAGAGGGGUGAUUUUCAAGGCUUCUGCCCUGUACAAAGCAGAUGAAACUGGCCAGGUGGAUGUCUGCCGUGCACCCUCACUGGGAGGAAGUUACACCGGAGUGGAGCCCAUGGGUUUGUUUUGGGCCAUGGCACCGGAAACUCCACACAGUAAACUCCUGAAGAAGACUGUGCUCAGCCCAACAAUGGUGGAGAUAGAAGCACUGAGCGGAGAGACGGGUGAGGUCUUAUCCUCUGCAACUAACGAGAGAGGAUACAUGAUUGAGGGGAUGAAGAGAGUACCUGUGAAAGAGGGAAGAAUACGAGGAGUCCUCUUCAUACCACCGGGAAAGGGUCCAUUCCCAGGAAUAGUGGAUUUGUACACAUUUGGGGGACGUCUUACUGAGCCCAGAGCCAGCCUCCUGGCAAAUAAAGGUUUUAUCGUCCUGGCACUGGCCUAUAUGGGCUACGAGGAUUUACCAAAAAACCCUAAAAAGUUGGAUUUGGAGUACUUUGAAGAGGCUGUAACCUAUCUGAGGAACCAGCCAGAGGUCAAAGGUCCUGGGAUUGGCAUCAUAUCAAUUUCCCACAGUGGCGGUUUGGCGUUGUCCAUGUCUUCAUUCCUCUCUGGGAUCUCAGCAACCGUCUGUAUUAAUAGCUGCAGUGCAAAUACAGCGAUUCCUUUACACUACAAAGACACUGUUAUACCUCCACUUCCGCCUGUCAUAGAGAAUGUAAAAAUCACAGACUGUGGUCUUGUAGAUGUACGCGAUGCCUCACCUGACCCUUCCUUGGAGAAGAACAGGGCAUCAUUGAUCCCAAUAGAACGUGCCAGCUGCCAGUUCCUGUUUGCUGUUUCCGAAGAUGACCACAAUUGGAACAGUGUUUUUUUCGCCAACCAGGCGGCUGCUACCCUGAGAAAUCAAGGCAAAGAAUCUUUUCAGGUGGUAACAUACCCUAAAGCUGGACACUUUUUGGAAGUCCCUAAUAUGCCUCAUUGUCCAUCUGGAUUUCACGGUGCAGUCGGGACUGAGGUGGUGUUUGGUGGGGAGCCAAAGGCUCACUCUGAGGCUCAGCUGGACCUUUGGGAAAGAGUCCAGGAGUUCUUCAACAGCCACUUGGACAACAAGGGUGCUUGUUAG